GAUCUCUUCACAUUCAUUUUACAUGGUAUCGGAGCUUUAGAAUUUUUUUUUCCUAAACCUUUUUCGAUCCCGCUUUUCUUCUCGUCGAUCAUGGAGAUCACUCCAACUACAUCCAUUAUCCAACUCAAUGCCCCAAACAAUUUUCCGAUCAAGCUUUCUGCGGCUAACUUUCCAGUUUGGCGUCGGCAGGUUGAAGCAACACUCAUUGGCUUCGAUCUCUUGCCAUACGUGGACGGCACUCUCACCGUCCCUUCCCAAUUUUCUGAUGCUGACAAACGCAUCCCCAAUCCCUGCUACUCCAUUUGGUUCCGUCAAAAUCACAUCCUUGUUAGUGCCUUUUUAGGCAGUUGCUCCAAGCGGUUCAGCCGCUAAUUUCUUCUGCCUCUACGGCCAAAGAGGCGUGGAACACUCUUCUCGAUAGCUAUGCGAAUACCUCUCCAGGCCGGAUCUUGGCACUCAAGAGCCAGCUCUCACGGAAUCCUCAGGGCUCACGGUCCAUCACUGACUACAUUAAGGAGAUGCAGGCGAUUGCCGGAGACCUUGCCUUGGCCAAAAGUCCGGUUUCUGACACUGACCUACAACUUUACAUCUUGAAUCACCUUGGAGAGGAUUACCGCUCAAUCAUCAGUGCUCUCAGAGUCCGCAACUCUGCCACAACCAUGCUUGAAUUUUCUCAAAUUUUGACCGACCAUGAACGGUCUCUUAAAGACUCUGAUGACGGAACCAGUACGUUGAUACCUACUGCUCAUGUUACGCAACGUCGUUCUCCCUCUUCCGGAGAUACAACGCGACGGAAUUCUCCCUCCUUAUUAGCACAACGAACCACUUCUCAAAAUGGCUUCUGUGGUUCAACUGGCAGCACUUCUCGCACACCUCACACCGGUGGACAAGGCAGGUCCUCCAUCAUUUGCAAUUUCUGCAAUUUUGCUGGUCACAUUUUCCGGGAUUGCCGCAAGCUAGCGCGUUUUCUGCGUUAGAAUAACUUCCCGACACCCUCCGCCUCUCCUACUGUGAACUCUACAUCAACAUGUAUGGACGACACCUCUUCCCAAUGGAUGUUUGAUUCUGGGGCUUCUCACCAUACGACUUCCAGCGUGGGUCCUAUGCAUGAGUUUUCGCCUUAUGACGGUCCGGAUGAAAUCCGUCUAGGCAAUGGUAUGUCCCUUUCUAUUUCUCAUAUUGGUCAAACCCUCAUGUCCACCCCUACUCGUCCUCUUACUCUUAAUCAUGUUUUGUGUGUACCUCAACUCCACAAAAAUUUAGUUUCAGUUUCUCAACUCUGUCAUACUAAUAACGUCUCCGUUGAAUUUUUUCCGUCUUAUUUUCUUGUCAAGGAUCGGAUCACCGGGAGCCCGCUUCUGAGGGGUGAAAACAAAAAUGGAGUUUAUUAUGCAUCUACAUCCGGUCCACCUUGUGUUCAUGCAACUGAUUUGUCAUCCGUUUCUCAAUUUCAUCACUGCAUGGGCCAUCCUUCAAAUAAAAUUCUAGUGACUUUAGCCAAUAAAUGUAAUAUGGCCAUUUCUUCUCGGUCAAUUAGUGAUUUUUAUUGUAAUUCUUGCAAUAUUAAUAAAAGUCAUAAAUUACCAUUUUCC